CAUUGGACACUCAGACGUCAAUAGAAUGACGUAUAGGGAAAUGUAAGGGAGAAAACAUCACCGGUGAGUUGAACAAUGGCCGCCUCAGGGAAACUGGCGUCUUUCCGUCUGCCUCCCUUGCCUACUGUUGGCGAGCUCAUAAAGCUGUACAAUCUGCGAGCUGAGAAACAGCUUUCCCAGAACUUUCUGUUGGACUUGAAGCUCACAGACAAAAUAGUGCGUCAGGCAGGCAGUUUGAGGGAUGCCCAUGUGUGUGAGGUGGGUCCUGGUCCCGGCGGUCUCACCCGCUCCAUUGUCAAUGCCGGGGCGGCGGACGUGCUUGUGGUGGAGAAGGAUACACGCUUCAUCCCAGGGCUGAAGCUGCUGUCUGAGGCAGCACCAGGGAGGUUGAGGAUCGUCCACGGGGACAUACUCACCUACAGAAUGGACCGAGGAUUCCCAGAAUCUAUCUCUAAGCCAUGGGAGGGAGGUCCACCAAACCUUCACAUCAUAGGGAAUCUCCCAUUCAGCGUCUCCACUCCCCUCAUCAUUAAGUGGCUAGAGAACAUAGCCAACAGAACAGGGCCCUUCAUCUACGGACGCACCCGGCUCACCCUCACUUUCCAAAAAGAGGUCGCAGAGAGGAUGACAGCCAGCACAGGCAGCAAACAGAGAAGCCGUCUGUCCAUCAUGGCCCAGUAUCUCUGCACAGUCCGAAACUGCUUCACCAUCCCUGGACGGGCCUUUGUCCCUAAACCCGAGGUGGAUGUGGGAGUAGUUCACUUCACCCCUCUGGUUCAGCCCCAGAUACAACAACCCUUCAAGCUGGUGGAGAAAGUCGUCCGGAACAUUUUCCAGUUCCGCAGGAAGCACUGCCAUAAAGGAGUAGAAAAGUUGUUCCCUGAGGCAUGUCGUGUAGAGCUGACACAGGAGAUGAUGCAGAAGGCAGACGUGGACCCUACUCUACGCCCCACAGAUCUCACCAUACCCCAGUUCAGGGCUUUAGCGGAUGCCUAUGCUCAUUUCUGCUGCCAUGACCCCAGUCUGCUCAGCUAUGAGUUCAGAGAGGAGCUCAGACUGAAGCACCUCGCCAGGCAAAGAAACAAACCAAUGGACCAGCCAACCGGCACAGCACCCAGCCCUCAACAACCCUGCUAAAUAAAACAAAAAGCACAGAAACUAAGCAAAGCCCACUAAUAGCCUCUGUUAGCACAGAGACAACAAACUGCUCUUAGUCUAAGCCUUGACAUUUCCACUGGCAUAGGCAUGCAUUUUUUAAAACUUUUUCCCUGCACCAAGGGAGCAAUAGGUAACCCGGUAUACAUGAAAUACUGGAACACAGACAAGAACCACAAGGCCAUAAAGAUCCUGGGUGGGUUGAAUCCGUUCCAAGACCUUGCGCCAGGAUAGGACCGCUCAUGAAAGGCAUGUGUAGUUGCCCACAGUAGCUCUUUAACUGUGAGUAUCUCUGUAUUUCACCAUUCUUACUUCAGAUCCAACUUGCAUGACACCUUGUCCCGAGGGACCUGAAAGAGUGUUCAUGAGAUUUAGAAAAUGGGAACUACAUGGCAGCACUGGGUAGCCAGGCCAUCUUUUUCCCUCCUCCCUAUGUACUGUAUUGCUUAGUCACUUGGAAGACCGAGCUUAAACGGAGGAGGAAAGUGGUGGGAAUUUGUCAGCUCUAGAAAGAAUUUUGUUGUGUUUAAUAAAGAGGAAUCCACUGGUAAUGCCUAUAUUUAUAGAAACAU